GCGGCCUCUGGGCUCAGUAGUAGUGGAGUGCUGGGAGGGGACGGACGCGCUCUAUCUUGGCUGGCCAGCACGACUCUCGGCACCCGGCUGCUCACUGCACUAACUUGUCAGGCUGCUGUCAGCGGGUGGGCGACGACCACACUUGCCACGCUGGUGUCAGCAGGUGGUAGUGUAGCGCAGAGAGCCAGGUGGUGGUGCCUGCCGAGGCAGUUAGUUGAUAGGUGAGAGUGGUAGUGUGGAGAGAAGGUGGCGGGUGUGGUGGUGUGGAGGGGAGCAGGGCAUGUAGGACACCUCUGGGGCAUGCCGGGGGUUGACUGACCCCCGCUAUGGUGGCAGAGCCGUCCCAUAGUGAGGUGAACCCUCACACCUCCAAGGACGACCUCCACACCAACCAGCUACCUCACAGGGAGGAGGUCUCGGCCAGUGAUGACGCGGGUCACAGGAUCCACCAACACCGCCCUGCCCGCCAUGGUUCCUCCGCUCCAGCCUUGUCUUCCGUGUUGCACACCAGGAACCUCUCCCGCAGCGCCUCGCCCCUCGCCACCAGGCACCGCAGCGCCUCGCCUGACGGAGACGCACCACCUGCCCGGGAGCAGGAGUCUCCCGACGGCGGCGUCACCCGUCAGCUCGGCCAGAUGACAGGGGUGAAGCACAAGACGGAACACUGGGCGCCGCGCCGCAGGUCCAGUGGUGCACUAAAUGUCACGGCUGACGAGGAGGGCGGCGGCGGCGGCGGCCUUACAGCUGGUGGUGGGCGCGACCCGGAGGUGGCGCAGGCGGCCGUGUUCAGACGGAACAGCUGCAGCAAGGCCUGGCCUCGAGCACCCGCCCUCCCGGACCUCAGCGAGUUCGAGCGAGUAUGGGAGGCGUCGCCGGAGGUGAUCUUCAAGCCCGCCAGCCUGGCCUCCUCCGAGACGCUGACGCCGACGCCGACGGAGGCGUACACGCCCACGCGCACGGCGGACGCCCACAGUGGCUCCACCGACUGCUACCCAAGUGCCUUUCAUGAGCCUCAGGAGAACCCCCGGGAUGACGUCAGCAGCGAGGAGUGGCCCCACCAGGAGGAGGAGGAGGUCGUGGGCGCCGUGGGCGGCGUGGGCCACGCGUGUGGGUGUGGGGUGAGGGUGGGCGUGCUGGACGAGACGUGUGGGCAGUGCCCGGUGUGCCCCGCCACCGCCGAAGUGUACGUCAGUGAACAGUUCCCGUCGAGCGACCCGCUGGAGUGUGUGGACGGGUCAACGCACACGCUGCACGUGGACCUGGCCACGGGCGAGGUGCAGCUGCACGUGCACGUGAGCGACCCGGAGAAGCUGCCCCGAGGCCCUCACGUGGCCCCCGCCAAGUGCCUCGACGACCCUGCCACCUUCAGGCCCACUGCCACCACCAGCGCCGAGGUCGACCCCCGCCCGCCCAGGAAGACCAUAUCUUUUAGCUCUGGCAUCGGGGAGGCGAGUGUGUACCACGCCCUCGUGGUCAUCUUCCUCGAGUUCUUCGCCUGGGGCCUUCUUACCUCCCCCAUGAUCACCGUCCUCAACGACACGUUCCCGGACCACACCUUCCUCAUGAACGGCCUCAUAGUGGGCAUCAAGGGAAUAUUGUCCUUCCUGAGUGCUCCUCUCAUUGGUGCACUCUCAGACUUAUGGGGUCGCAAGUUCUUCCUGUUUAUCACCGUCUUCUUCACUUGCCUCCCCAUCCCAUUCAUGAAGAUCAACACAUGGUGGUACUUCGCUCUCAUCAGCAUGUCGGGCGUCUUUGCAGUUACUUUUAGCAUUGUUUUUGCUUAUGUUGCGGACGUAACCGAUGAAUCGGAACGUAGCAGUGCCUACGGCUUGGUCUCUGCCACUUUUGCAGCAAGCUUGGUCACUUCACCAGCAUUAGGAGCUUACCUUGGCAAAGUGCACAGUGAUGACCUUGUGGUUGGUCUAGCAACAGCUAUAGCAAUAUUGGACGUUUUCUUCAUUCUCGUGGCAGUACCUGAGUCAUUACCAGAAAAGCUUAGAUUAUCAUCAUCAUGGAGUGCCCACAUCUCCUGGGAACAAGCUGACCCUUUCUCGGCUUUGUGGAAAGUUAGCAAGGACCGUAAUGUGCUGUUAAUCAGUGUGUCGGUCUUCCUGUCCUACCUGCCAGAGGCGGGCCAGUAUUCAUGUUUCUUCGUCUACCUCAGGCUGGUAAUGGACUUUUCAGCAGAAAUGGUAGCAACCUUCAUAGCAGUAGUGGGAAUACUAUCUGUUGUGGCUCAAACUGCAUUGCUUAGCCUCCUCAUGAAGAAACUAUCUAACAAGCAUGUAAUUAUGGUGGGACUAGUGUUUGAGAUGCUACAGCUCAUGUGGUAUGGGUUCGGUUCCAAAAUUUGGAUGAUGUGGGCAGCUGGUCUUCUGGCAUCUAUAUCUUCCAUUACCUACCCUGCCAUUAGUGCCUAUGUUAGCACUCACACGGAUGCAGAUAAACAGGGUGUGGUGCAGGGUAUUAUCACAGGUAUGAGGGGGCUGUGUUCUGGCCUGGGGCCGGCGGUGUUUGGCUUCAUCUUUUAUCUCUUCCAUGUGGAUCUCAACCCAGACUUGGCAGAUGACGGCACACACAGACCAAAUGGGUCUGCUUUAGGCAAUGGAACAACUCCCCACCUUACCAGUAGUCCGAAUCUUGUACCGGGUCCACCCUUUGUAUUUGGAGCAUUGUUAGUCAUCUGUGCACUCAUGGUAGCUGCAUUUAUUCCAGAAGGAGCUUCAGUCAAAAAUAGAAAACAGUCAGGAAGCAGUUUAGAAAUGAGCUAUGAAAGAGGCCAUAAGAAAAAUGAUAGCAUGGAUGCAGCAUCUUUACCACUUAUGGAUGAAACAGGUGUUGUCUAGCACCUUACUACUUAUUAGUGAUGAAAAACACGACAAAAUGUGACUUAAUACCUCUAUUGCAUUGUGAUUGCUGAAGUGAUGACAGAUCCUGUAGUGCAUUUGGUAUGUUCUAUGGAGAUGCAGUAUGACAUUUAUUUGUUUGCAGUUGCAGAAAAUGUCAUGGCAUUUUUCACACUUCAUUCAGUAUAGAGUGACGGAGAAGGGCACUUAGAAAAAUUGCCCAAUUUUUAAGUGGUGCUUACUUCUCUGGAAUGUAUGACUAGUUAUACAGAUGAACUGACAACAGAACAGCAGUUGUGAUAGUUAAUGAGAAUUGGCAAUGUCACAAACUGUGUUGAACUGAUGGUAUGCAUUUGGUGCUGGUGGAUACUGAGUUUGAAUGUUGAAUUUUUCACGCUUUUUGUCUUGCAUUGAUUACCAAGGUUUUUAUUGUCUUACUGUGGAGGGAAUAUAUUUUUCUUUUGUCAUUCAUUAAAUCAAGUUUACACUCGGUAUACAUAAACUAUAUUUCAACUGCAGAUAAAUAUUUAUUUUCUGAUUGGAUUUUGUGAUCUUCCAUUAUUAGAAAAUUUAUUUAAAUACUUACAACUAUUAGUCAUAUGUGCUGAUUCUUUCCAAUGCUGGACCAAUUGGGUAUGCUUGAUUAUACAAGCAAUAUGACUGGUGCUGUUUAAUAAUUUUGAUUUGUAUUUUGUAUUUGUUGAGAAUGCCCCUCCAUCUUGUGAUAACUUAUGCAUGCAAACCUCACAAAGGAAAACAUCACAGUUAAGUAGAGGAAGAACAAUGGCUGUAUGAAGUUGGCUGUUGACUUAUGUUAAUGUGGUCAUGUCUCAUAAAUUCACUAAGGACAAUUAUAUACAUAUAUGUAUAUAUAAUCUCCUCUCCUCAUUUAUGUGUGCAUUGUAAUGAUAAAAGAUUUUAGAUUUUAUACAUAGAAGUGAUAGGACCUCAACAGAUGAAUUUUUAUUUUCUAUUUGAAGAUACUAUGGUAAGAACGGCUGUGUCAGCAUAAGCCUAUAGAUAAUUAGCACCUUGUAAAGUAACCGCUGGCUCCUUCCUCCUUCACCUUGGUGUCCUCACAAGUAUAGGUAGUCUCUUUAAAUUCUUCUGCUUUCUAAACACAAUGUUGGUUACUUAAAUCUGGUAAUAACAGAAUUUUCUGUCAUUAAUGGAUAUGUGGCUAAUGAAGGUUUUCAGGGUAUGUAAUGGAAAUAUUGUUUAUUUAUAAAUUUGUUAUAUUUUAUUUUUAUCCAAUUAUUUUAAACAUAGCCAUAGGGUACAACAAUAUAGCAGUGAUAUCAUAUUUGCUAAAAACCGUCCUUUAUAUAAACUGUAUGAAUGUUCAGUGUGAAAAUAGCUCUUGUCUUUAUAAAUUGUUUUGUUGUAGAUAAGAGCAUUGCUUUAAUUUUUUAAUAUGUAUCAGAUGCAACAUUACAUAUUGGCUUCAGCUUGACAGAAAAUGUAUAUGCUUGUAAUUUUCAGAAUAUGCUGCAUUUGUUAAGAAUUAAAUUUUUUAUCCAUAGUGCAUUGAGACUGACACAAGUGAAACUGUAGAUUGAGCACUAGGAAACUCUAGAUUACAUAGGUAAAUGUUAUGAGCAAGUUGAAACCAUAACUUACUUUCAUGUAAAAAACCAGUUUCAUUAUUAUUGUUUUUUUCAUAAAGAUCUGUUCCAUUAAAAUAGAACAUUUAUAUUGUAAUUAGUCCAUUUGUUUUGAUGGUUUGUCCGAAGACAAGCUAGCCCUAGAUUACUCUUGGCCAAGUCAGCCCACAGUACACUGCCUCAUGCUGACUCUGUGAUAUGUCAUAAUAGGUCACUGUAGUACACUACAGUGUAUACAGUGUGUUAAAUCUUCUGUUCAAGUGAUGCCACAGCUUGGCAGUGCUCUUCUUAAACCUAAUGGUCAGCUUAAUGGUUAUUUAGCUGUCGAACAAGUGAGCGAGUGUAUAGUAAUGAAUAUGAUGUUUUAAAAUCAAAUCUUUGUAAACUAAAAAUGUGGGUCAUUAUUCAUUGCAGAACUUUUUUUUCAUUGUUUUUGUGAAGCUCUAUAGAUUGUUUAUUGAUCUAUGUAUAAUUUGUACAAAUACUGUUAAGCUGUUUUUAUUUUUUUCCACCUUUUUCCUUGCAGGCUUUUGUCCUCUCACACACUAUAAAGAAAUUCUACACUUGUUAGCAUACUAAUAGACUUGAUAAUGUGUAUAUCAGAGCUGAUGAUGAAAUUGUCCUUGUGAUAGUAUUAUGUACAGUCACUUCACUGGUUGUUCAAGAUUCUUGUGGACCAAGUUAAAACCCCUACUCAUAAUGCAAAGUGCAGUAUCCUUGAGAUUCGUCUUAUUUAGGUCUAGUGUACUUUACGGGUCUGUAGAUGGUUUACUAUAGAAUGUUUACCAUUACAGUACAUUUUACAAAAUUCAUUAUCAAACUUGUACAAUACGGUAAUUUGUUUUUAAUUUUAAUUAAUUCAUCGACUUCAUAUAUUUAUGGAACAGUCCUUACUUAUCCUUAAAUGAAAUGAUAGUCAUGGACAGUACCUCUCAUUUUAUUUUAAAGUUUGAACUUUUCUUUAUUAUUCAAUUUGUAAAUACAUUGGAAGGUUAGCGAGUUUCAAUCUUUUAAGAAAAUGGGAAGUACAGUUUUAGCAAAUAAAGCCAGUCUGAAAGUGUGCUGUUAAAAUUGCUAUACAGUAUUAAGUUGAGACUUGUAAAUUUAAAUGGUUAUUAUUGACAUGACAUCAGACUGCAGUAAUAUAUAUUUUAUUGCUUGUGUUAACAAUUAUUAGUGUUGUAAGCUAAGUACCUGACACUGAUUUUUGGCCAUCAAAUAUCUUUUUGCUGAAUUAGAUGACAUGAACAGGAUUGGGUUCCAAAUUUUUCUCUUGAAUCUGCUUGUCUUACUUUUAUUGAUGUCUAAGAAUUACUAGUACAUUAAUAAUUUUAUUUUACUUAUUCAUCCAGGAUGAUCCAUCAUCAUUUUCAUCACCCCAUUUCCCUAUGUUUAUAGGGUAUAAAGUCAUAAAAAAAAAAAGAGUACCAGUCUUAAAUCCUGUUGUUUGUUGUCAGUUAUUUUGGCAAGAAUGCAGUACAUGUGUUGUGUUCCCUUUUGUAAUAAUUUCUCUACCCAUUUUAUAUUUCACCCCGCAGAAUUGUGGUCCUACGAAAGGUAUCACUGUAAUGCAUAACUUGUUUGACUGGAAGUAAUGACCUUCUGUAGGAAAAAUAAAGCCAAUCUUACCAUAAAA